AUGGAGCCCAUCUCAAACUCCAUAGAAAAGCUGGAGAAUAGUCUGACCUCAGACCUCAGAUCCAUAGACAGCAGCACGCCUCCUUAUGUUGGAGCUCCCGUGAAGGCUAACAAAUGGAACCGUUUCGUGGACAGUUUCCGUCGUCCAGAGCACCUGGAGUCCUCUGACAGCGACGACUUGACCUCAUUGGAAAGAGCAGUUAAGAAGACCGCAGACACACAGCUUCAGGCUUCGAUCAGUCCUAUCACCCAGGCCUUCAUUGCUUUGGGAGGAUGUGUUGGUUCGGGUCUUUUGAUUGUUUCUGGUAAGGCCCUUGCGGCUGGUGGACCUGCUGGUAUUUUGAUCGGCUGGGCCAUUGUGUCUUCUUUUCUCUACUGUGUUAUGCAAGCAUUGUCGGAAUUGUCCAGUACUUUUCCUGUUUCUGGUGCGUUUGCUACAUACGCCACUCGUUUUAUCGAUCCUAGUUUUGGUUUUGCUGCUGGAUGGAACUACGCCAUCUUCUGGGUUGUUGUGAUGCCCUUGGAGCUUGUGGCCGCCUCUCUUUCCAUCAAUUUCUGGCAAUCUGACAUUAAUUCUGUGGUUUGGAUCGCUAUAUUCUAUGUCUUGAUCAUUGUGCUCAAUUUGUUCGGCACUGCAGGCUUCGAGUACUUUGAACUUUUCUGUGCUUUCAUCAAACUCGUGGGUAUUGUUGGUUUCGAUAUUUUGGCCAUUGUUUUGAUCUGUGGUGGUGGAAAACAGGGCUACAUCGGCGCCAAAUACUGGCACAACCCGGGCCCUUUCGCUCAUGGCUUCAAAGGUGUCAUUAAUGUCUUGAUUACUGCCACAUACUCUUUGGCUGGUACUGAGCUUGUCAGUUUGACCGCUGCUGAAUCAAAGGCCAAUCCAAGAAUUGCUUUGCCCAGAGCCAUCAAGAUGGUCUUUUACAGAAUUGUGAUCUUUUAUUUGUUCACACUUACCCUUAUCGGGUUUUUGGUCGCAUCCAAUACCAAGCAAUUGACUGAAGCCUCUAGUGCAUUUGCCUCUCCUUUUGUUGUGGCCAUUCAACUUGGAGGUAUCAAGGUCUUGCCAUCGAUCUUCAAUGUGGUGGUCCUCGUUUCGCUUCUUUCUAUUGGAAACUCGGCCAUCUAUGGUUUCUCUAGAACAAUUCUCUCUUUGGCUGAACAAGGCUUGGCUCCUAAGAUUUUGGCCUAUGUUGACAGAAGAGGAAGACCAUUGGUAGGAAUUGCUGUUAGUGCCUUCGUUGGUUUGCUUGCCUUUGUUUCUGCUUCACCUAAGCAAGAGCAAGUCUUCAACUGGUUGGUUAGUCUUUCUGCUUUGUCGACGCUUUUCACUUGGGCUUCCUGUACUAUUGCUCAUCUUAGAUUCAGAGCCGCAAUGUCGAAGCAAAACAGACCUCUCAGUGAACUUCCUUACAAAUCCAAGACUGGUGUUUGGGGUUCUUACUAUGCAACUAUUUGUUUGAUUGUGGUUCUCUGCUUGCAAUUCUGGGUUUCUUUGUUCCCCCUCGGCAGUAAGCCAAAGGCAGAGGUCUUUUUCCAGAACUAUUUGGGUGCAAUCGUGUUCCUUGUAUUUUACUUUGGUCACAAACUUUACUCCCGUAAGUUCAAUACCAUUGUGCCUUUGGCAACUAUGGAUCUUGAUACCGGACGUUCUGAAUUGGACUUCGACAAGCUUAAUCAAGAGCUUGUCGAAGACCGGGAAGCUUUCAAAGCCCUCCCAUUGCAUAAGAAAAUCUUCCGCAUUCUUUUCUAA